UCCCACCCACUCGCCAUGCGUGACAUUGUACAUUUGUACGAACCUCAUAAAUUUCCUCCAUGAAUGAUCCUUCUUGUAAGCUCUCGCUCUUUCUUCUCUCUUUUUAAUCCCUUCUCUCUACACUCUUUUUGAAACCCUAGUUUUGCAUUUCCAUCUUCCAUAAUCUUCCCAAUUUUAAUGGCGGACGGCGAAGAAACCAUGAAUGUUGAUGAUUCGUCUUCCUCACUGCAACUAGAUGAACAACAAGCAGUAAUCCAACAAAAGCCAGUAAUUGUCUACCAUAAAAGAAAAGAAAAAGCAGUAAUCGAACAACAUUAUAACCUAAUAGAAACUUCUGAAGAGAUGAAUGUUGUUAAUCCAUCUUCAAUACUUCAAGUAAAUGAAAAUGUCGACUCAUCUUCCUCACUCCAAGUAGAUGAAGAUGAAGUAACAGAAAGGGAAAACCUAACUGAAGCUUUUAUAGACUUGAAUGUUGAUCCAUCAUCUUCGUUACUUCUACCAAUUAAAGAAGCAAUACAAGAAAAUAACCUUAAAGAAGUUGAUUCACCACCUUCUGUUCUUCAAGUAGAUAAAGGACUAGCUGUAAUCGAAGAAGAAGAAGGCCAAAUUAAAGCUUCUGAGGAGGUUAAUGUUGAUUCAUCAUUGCUAGUUCCAGUAAUUGAAGAAGUAAUACAAGAAAAUAAGCUUAAAGAAGUUGAUUCACCUUCUUUACUUCAAGCAGAUGAAGAACUAGCUGUAAACGAAGAAGAAGAAGACCUAAUCAAAGCUUCUGAGGAGGUUAAUGUUGAUUCAUCAUUGCUAGUUCCAGUAAUUGAAGAAUUAAUACAGGAAAAUAACCUUACAGAAGUUCUGGAUUCAUCAUCUUUAAUUCAAGUAGAGGAAGAACAAAAAGUAGUUGAUGAAGAAGAAGGCCCGAACAAAGCUUCUGUGGAGGUUAAUGUUGAUUCAUCGUUGCUAGUUCCAGUAAUUGAAGAAAUAAUACAGGAAAAUAACCUUACAGAAGUUCUGGAUUCAUCAGUAAUCGAAGAAGAAAACCUAGAAAUAUCUUCUGCAGACAUGAAUGUGGAUUCAUUUACGUUUGUCCCAGUGAUUGAAGAAGGAAAUAUUGAAAAAAUUGAUUCAUCAUUUUUACAUCAAGUAGAUGAAGUACAGGUAGCAGUUAAAGAAGAAGAAAACUUGAUCAAAGUUUCCGCGGACAUGGAUGUUGAUUCAUCUGCUGGACAUGCACUGGAGGAAGAAGUGAUUGAAGAAGAAAUUGAGGAAGAAAACCUUAAAAAUGUUGAUGCAUCUACUGCACAUGCAGAGGUCGAAGAAGUAGUUGCGGAAGAAACUGAGGAAGAAAACCUUAACAAUGUUGAUGCAUCUGCUGCACAUGCACUGGUUGAUUCAUCUAUGUUGAUUCCAGAAGCUCUGGAUUCAUCGUCUUCAAUUCAAGUAGAUAAAGAACAAAAAUUAGUUGAUGAAGAAAACCUAGAAAGAGCUUCUGCAUACAUGGAUGUGGAUUCAUCUAUGUUGAUUCCAGUGAAUGAAGAAGCAGAACUUGAAAAAACUGAUUCAUCAUCUUUACUCCAGGUAGAUGAAGUACCAGUAGCAGUAGAAGAAGAAAACUUAAUCAAAGCUUCAACGGACAUGGAUGUUGAUUCAUCUGCUGGACAUGCACUGGGUGAAGAAGUAGUUGCAGAAGAAAUUGAGGAUGAAAAUGUGGAUUCAUCUGCUGCACAUGCAGUGGUCAAAGAAGUAGUUGCAGAAGAAAUUGAGGAAAACCUUAAAGUUGUUGAUGCAUCUGCUGCACAUCUAGUGGUCAAAGAAGUGAUUGCAGGAGGCAUUGAGGAAGAAAACAUCAACAAUGCUGAUGCAUCUGCUGCACAUGCAGUGGUCCAAGAAGUGACUGCAGAAGACAAUGAGGAAGAAAACCUUAAAAAUGUAGAUGCAUCUGCUGCACAUCCAUUUGUCAAAGAAGUGAUUGCAGAAGGCGUUAAGGAAGAAAAUCUUAACAGUGCUGAUGCAUCUAUUGCACAUGCAUUGGUCGAAGAAGUGAUUGCAGAAGACAAUGCGGAAGAAAACCUUAAAAAUGUUGAUGCAUCUGCUGCACAUGCAGUGGUUGAAGAAUUGAUUGCAGAAGAAGGUGAGGAAGAAAACCGUAACAAUGUUGAUGCAUCUGCUGCACAUGCACUGGUCAAAGAAGUAGUUGCAGAAGAAACUGAGGAAAAAAACCUUAAAAAUGUUGAUUCAUUUUCAUUACCCCAAGUAGGCGUAGCAAUAGUAAACGAUGAUGAGGACCUAGUAAAAGCUUCUACCGAGAUGAAUGCCGAUUUAUCUUCCAUAAUUCCAGUAUCUGAAGAAGCAACCCUUAUAAAAGCUGAUGCUUCUUCUUUUCUUGAAGUAGAUGAAGAAGAAAGCAUUGAAAAGGCUUCUAAUGACACUAAUGUAGAUUCCACAUCUAUUUCAGCUUCACCUAUGGAAGAAGAUGAAGAAGAAGAAGAAGCAAUUCCAACUGAGGAUGUUGUACAGGCUUUGCUUGAGCACUUAGUUGAACCAGUUUUACCUACUAAUUCUUCUUCUUCUGGAACCCCUGAUGAUACAACUUCUCUUUUGAUUGCUAAACAGAUGCAUGCAGUUGUGUUGCUUUACAACUACUACCACAGAAAACAAUUUCCACAUCUUGAGUUCCUGGAUUUUGAAUCUUUCUGUAAAGUGUCUGUGAAUGCUGCACCAGGACUCUGUGGACACAUGAACCACAUGCAAAUAUCUAAGUCCGUAUCAGAUGAAUCAGAGAACCUUCUGUCACCCACGGAGAAAGCAAUACAGGAUGCUUGCAAUAUUUCACUAGCAUUGGAUGCAUCGAAGGAUGCUCCAUGUACAGAUGGAUGGCCAGUUUCAAAAGUUGCUAUUUUUCUGACCGACAGCACAAAUAACUGCUUUCUGGUGUUCAGUGCAACAACUGAGGGUGUUUGGUCGCUCAUAGAGAAAACCAUUGAUGAUUCUGAUCGCAAACUAGAGGACAAGCUGGAGAAACUGGAAGGAAACAAAAAUAAUAAAAUCAGAAAAGGGCUUCUGGGAGGUGAUAUAAAUGCUGAUCAAGUGAGCUUCCGUAAACUUGCAUUCUCAAUUGUUCAGGAAGCAACAGGCAUUGAUCGGGCGGAUCUUAGGGUUUUGGAAAACCGUGUUGUUCCCUCGCUAAGUGCAGAGAAGUCAACUGCUUGUUUCUAUUUGAUGAAGUGUAUUAAACCUUUCCCCGAGGAUCUAACUCAGGUUCCUAUUGAAGAUGCUAUAAACAGCUUGCACGGUCCACUGGUGAAGAUGGAAUAUGGCAGUUGUUCAGUUUGCGAAGUUGUUAACUAUUUCCAUUUGCUACCUUAUGCUGGGGUUUUAUCAGACUGGCUUCCAAGGUCUGGACUCGAAGAAGCAAAUAUGGAGGAUUGUCUAGAGACUGAUGAUUCUGACAGUGAUUCAUCUACCUUACUUCCAGUGAUGGAAGAAGUAAUAGAAGAACAAAAGGUUGAUAAUGUUGAUUCAUCUACCUUACUUCAAGUAGAUGAAGAAAUAGUGGUCGAAGAAGAAGCAGAAAAUCUAAUUAGAGCUUCUACGGACAUUAUUGAAGAAGUAGCAGGAGAAGAAAACACUCAAAAAGUUGAUUCAUCUUCCUUACUUCAUGGUGAAGAAGAAGUAGUAAUACAAGAACAAGAAGACAUGAAUGUGGAGUCAUCUUCCAUACCUUCAGUGGUUGAACAGGUGAUAGAAGAAAAAAGCCUUAGAAAAGAUUUUAAUGAAAUGAGCGUCGAUUCCUCAUCUAAUGCAGCUUCAGUUAUGGAAGAAGCAAUUGCCACUGAGAAUGUUGACACAUCUUCCUUACUCCAAGUAAAUGAAGACGAUGUAAUAGAAGCUUUUAAAGACAUGAACGUUGAUCCUUCUUCAGUACUUCCAACAAUUCAACAAGUAAUACAAGAAAAUAACCUUAAAGAAGUUUAUUCACCUUCUUUACUUCAAGUAGAUGAAGAACCAGUUGUAGUGGAAGAAGAAGGCUUGAUUAAAGCUUCUGCUGACGUUAAUGUGGAUUCAUCUGCGUUGGUUCCUGUGAUUGUAGGAAGACACCUUGAAAAAACUGAGUCAUCAUCUUCACUACAAGUAGAUGAAGUACCAGUAGUAAUGGAAGGUGAAGAAAACUUAAUCAAAGCUUCAGCAGACAUGGAUGUGGAUUCAUCUGCUGUCCAUGAAGUGGUUGAAGAAGUACUUGUAGAAGGAAUUGAGGAAGAAAACCUUAAAAAUGUUAAUUCAUCUUCCGUACUCCAAGUAGACGUAGCAGUAGUAACCGAGGAAGAGAACCUAGUAGAAGCUUCUACAGAGAUGAAUAUGGAUAUAUCUUCCAUAAUUCCAGUAUCUGAAGAAGCAACCCUUAAAAAAGCUGAUUCAUCUUUUCUACCUAAAGUAGAUGAAGGAGAAAGCCUUCAAAUAGCUUCUGAUGAGAUGAAUAUUGAUUCGACAUCUGUUUCAGCUUCAGUUGUGGAAGAAGAAGAAGCAAUUCAAACUGAGGAUGUUGUACAGGCUUUACUUGAGUACUUAGUUGAACCAGUUUUACCUGUUAAAUCUUCUUUUUCUGGAAGCCCUGAUGAUCCAGCUUCUCUUUUGGUUGCAAAGCAGAUGCACGCAGUUGUGUUGCUUUACAACUACUACCACAGAAAACAAUUUCCACAUCUCGAAUUCUUGGAUUUUGAAUCUUUUUGUAAAGUGUCCGUGAAUGCUAUCCCAGGUCUCUGUGGACACAUGAAAUUCAUGCAAACAUGUAAAUCUAUAUCAGAUAAACCAGAGGACCUUCUGUCACCCACCGAGAAAGCAAUUAAGGAUGCUUGCAAUAUUUCAAUAGAGUUGGAUGCAUCAAAGGAUGCUCCAUGUACCGAUGGAUGGCCAGUUUCAAAAGUUGCUAUUUUUCUGACCGACAGCACGAAGAACUGCUUUCUGGUGUUCAACGCAACAACUCAUGGGGUUUGGUCCCUCAUAGAGAAAACCAAUGAUUAUUCUAAUGGAAAAUUAGAAGACAAGUUGGAGAAACUGAAUGGAAACAAAAAGAGUAAACUCAGAAAAUGGCCUCCGGGAGGUGAUAUAAAAGCUGAUCAAGUGAGCUUCCGUCAACUUGCAUUCUCAAUUGUUGAGGAAUCGACAGGCAUUGGUCGGCCGGAUCUGAGGGUUUUGGAAAAUCAUGUUGUUCCCUCGCUAAGUGCAGAGAAGUCAACUGCUUCUUUCUUUUUGAUGAAGUGUAUUAAACCUUUCCGAGAGGAUCUAACUCGGGUUCCUAUUGAAGAUGUUAUAAUCAGACUGCGCGGUCCAUUGGUCAAGAUGGAAUAUGGCUGUUGUUCAGUUUGCGAAGUUGUUAACUAUUUUCAUUUGCUACCUUAUGCUGGGAUUUUGUCAGACUGGCUUCCGAGGGCUGGACUCGAAGAAGCAAACAUGGAGGAUUGUGUAGAGACUGAUGAUUCUGACAGUGAUUCAUCUUCAGUACUUCCUGUGAUGGAUGAAGUAAUAGAAGAACAAAAGGUUGAUAAUGUUGAUUCAUCUACCUUAGUUCAAGUAGAUGAAGAAGUAGUGGUCGAAGAAGAAGCAGAAAACCUAAACAAAGCUUCUGCGAACAUUGUUGAAGAAGUAACAGGAGAAGAAACCACUCAAAAAGCUGAUUCAUCUUCCUUACUUCAAGUUUGUGAAGAAGUAGUAACACAAGUAGAAAACACUAUAAAGUUGCCUACAGACAUGAAUGUGGAGUCAUGUUCCAUACCUCCAGUGGUUGAAAAGAUAAUAGAAGAAGAAAGCCUUAGAAAGGAUUCUUAUGAAAGGAAUGUCGAUAACUCAUCUAUUUCAGCUUCAUUUAUGGAAGAAGCAAUUAGUGCUGACAAUGUUGUUCAGGCUUUACUUGAUUACCUAGUUGUACCAGCUUUACCAGCUCUACAUGUUAUAUCCUCUUCUUCAAAAGUACUUGAUGAUUCAUCUUCUCUUUCUUUGGAAAAUUCCAUUGCUAAACAGAUGCAUGCAGUCGUGUUGCUUUACAACUACUACCAUAGGAAACAAUUUCCACACCUUGAGUUCCUGGAUUUUGAAUCUUUCUGCAAAGUGUCGGUCAACGCCACACCAGGUCUCUUGGAACACAUGAAAUUCAUGCAAAGAUGUAAGUCCUUAUCAAAUGAACCAGAGGACCUUCUGUCACCCACGGAAAAAGCGAUACAGGAUGCUUGCAAGAUUUCUUUAAGUUUAGAUGCAUCGAAAGAUGCUCCAUGUACCGAGGGAUGGCCAGUUUCCAAAGUUGCUGUAUUUCUGAUGGACAGCAUGAGGAACUGCUUUUUGGUCUACGGUUCUACAACUCAGGGAGUUUGGUCCCUGAUAGAGGAAGCCAAUGAUUGUUUUAGUAAUAAACUGGAGGACAAGUCGGAGAAACAAAAAGGAAAUAAAAAGAAGAAAAUUAGAAAAUGGCCUUCAGGAGGUGAUAUAAAUGCUGAUGAAGUGAGCUACCGUCGAAUUGCAUUUUCAAUUGUUAAGGAAGCAACGGGCAUUGGUCAUGCGGAUCUCAGGGUUUUGAGAAGAGAAGUUGUGCCCUCGCUAAUUGCAGAGAAGUCAACUGCUUGUUUCUAUUUGAUGAAGUAUACGAAACCUUUCCAUGAGGAUCUAACUCAGGUUCCUAUUGAAGAUGCUAUAAACAGCUUGCACGGUCCAUUGGUCAAGAUGGAAUAUGGAAGUUGUUCUGUUUGUGAAGUUGUUAACUACUUCCAUUUGCUACCUUAUGCUACGGUUUUAUCAGACUGGCUUCCAAGGGCAGGACUGGAAGAAGCGAACAUAGACUAUUCAAUAGAAACUGAUGAUUCCGACCGUGAGAUACUCGUUGAGAGCUGCGAGACUCCUGCUAUUCCGAGCACUUCAAAUAUUGUUGUCAACAAAAAAAGGAAGUCCCCAGCUGAAAAAGUUAACAAGAAUUGGACACAUGAAAGAUUAAACAAGAACUCUACCACUGAAAGAGUAAACAAGAACUCUACCACCGAACGAGUAAACUCAACCACAACUGAAAGAGGAAACGCUGAUAGAAAUGUGGCCACAACGAAUAAGGAUCCCGUUAUUCACAUCCAUAAAAAGAUGAAGUCCUCUAUUGAUAGUAAUUACAGAAGUACUCGUAAAAGAGUUGGCAUAUAUGAGGUACCUUUAGUUCAGGUGGACAGGGUUGAUUCUGCGAAAGAGGCAGCAAUCUGUGGAAGAACCACAAGUGCAGAAGUUCCUUGCGCAAAUAUUAAUUUAAAUAUGGGCAAUUCUGGUGAAGAAGAAAAUCCCAGAGAACAAGCUUAUGAGUUUAUUACGCAGAAUCUUCAAAAGAAACCAAGAAUUUUACCUUCAAAAAUGCGUGAAAUGUUGCAGGUUAUUUUGAAAAUGCUUCACACAAGAUGCAAUGAACUGUCUGGUCUUCAACGAGACCUACAGGAUCACAUAGCUAUUUGUGAAAGAUAUCUGCGAACAAUGCCAAAUGAAGAUGGUGAUUUGACAGAAAAGCUUGAAAGCAUUCUAAAUGCUUGUACCACUGCAAUCACUAGAGCCUCCUUGCAGAAUAGCACAGAAAGCGACCCACACUUUGGGACAUUAAACCUACCUCAGGAUAUGAAGAGCAAGAAAUUAUCAGAGGCAGUUCUAAAUCUACCAAAUGCAUGCAAGGAUUUGGAUACUAUAUGCAGGCAAAAUAACUGGACUUUACCAACAUACAAUUUAUUGCUCUCAAAUGGAGGAGAAGGAUUUCAUGCUAGAGUAGUAGUGCAAGGGUUAGACUUCGAGUGUUCAGAAGGUGGUCAUGUGAAACCAGAUCCACGUGAAGCAAGGGAAUCAGCUGCAGCACGCGUAUUGACCAAAAUGCAUGCCAUGCAACAAGGCGACGCUUUUAGUUAAAUCUGUAUUUCGUUCUUCUAGAACUUACACCUAGUAGCUUGCAUGCAUUGAUGUACAUAAUGUAAGCCCAAUCAUCCUCUCUUUAUUUUGAUGUGAAAUCCUAUCAGCCCUGCUUGUUUACUUCUUGAGACACUUUACAGUGUUACUUGAAAUUUUAAACUGACGGGCUUUUUGCAAAGGCGAGAUCGCCCUAAAAA